AUGGAUGAUUCGGCAGUGCGUAGCCUUAUAUUGAAACUGCAAGAUCGCCUUAGCGAUAGAGAUCGAGAAUGUUUCCACUUCUAUCUUGGUUCGACCGUACCAAGACGAGUUCGAGACGAUUUUUCGCUUAGUGGUAAUCUUCGUCUAAUGGAUACACUUUUCGAACAGAACAAAAUUAGUGGAAGCAAUGUGUCGUUUUUAAUCCAAGCAUUCGAAGAAAUAAAAUGUUAUGAUGCAGUGAAUCUAUUGAAAGAACACGCAAAAAAGAUGCGACUCAAUGGUUGUGUAAAUCAAUCCGAGAACGAUUUAUUAAUGACGCUUCCAGAUUUGCUAUAUGAGGCCAUUCCAGAUGUUGGCAACAAGAAGUCUGAGUGUGCGGUGGACUCCGAAUGCGAUUAUACUACUGUUGAUGUGGAUAGUAUACAUCAUCAUAAUCUUACAAAUAUCGAAGAAAUAUCAAUGAUUGUGUACAAGACGGAAAUGUCCGAAUUUCAAACAAGAGCGAAGGUGAAAUCGGAGCCGAACUUAAAAGAAAGAAGUGGGAAGAGAAUGUUCUGGAUUAUUCCCAUCUCAUUUCUAUGCUACGCAGUGUUAUUAUUCUAUUCCGUUACGAAUCGCAGUAGUAUCAGUCAGUACGAUAGUAAGUUGGAACAGUUGGAAAUUCUAGAGAAACGGUCUGCUGACACACUUCAGUUGCUGAGAUAUCGAGUGAAAAGUAUAAAGAACGAAGUACCGUCGUUACGUUCAAGCUGGGUUGACAUUCAUCCAAAUGCUACAUGGAGUCAAAGCGGAUUGAUUGUUGCUGGAGGACAUGGUGCCGGCAGUGACGUCAAACAGCUCGAUUCUCCCGUCGGUGUAUAUGUCGACAGUGAUGAGACGAUCUAUGUCGCUGAUCGUAACAAUCAUCGUAUUGCUGUGUGGACCAAGGGUGCGGAUCGUGGUGAAAUCGUAGUUGGUGGAAAUAAAACUCAUCAGCUGCAGUAUCCGUACGACGUCAUUUUCGACGAAGAAACAAGCAGUGUCAUCACUUUUGAUGGGUAUUUGGCAAGAGCCGUUCGAUGGUUUCGUCAAAAGGGAACUAGUGAACAGUUACUUGCCACCAAUAUCGAUGGCCGUGGGGGAACAAUGGACGAUGAGGGAACUUUAUAUAUCAGCAAUGGUCUAGCACAUGAAGUGCGACGAUAUCGAAUUGGUGAUAUUCAAGGAAACAUAGUAGCAGGCGGUCAUGAACAAGGAAACAACACCAGUCAACUUAACACUCCCACUUGCGUGUUCAUUGAUCGGAAUCAUUCACUCUACGUAUCUGAUACCGCCAAUCAUCGUGUAAUGAAAUGGGAAAAAGGUGCAAGGCAAGGUACCGUUGUAGCCGGUAAUGGAUCAGCAGGGAAUGAUCUCGCGCAACUACGCUAUCCUGAAGGAAUCGUCGUCGAUCAGUUGGGCACUGUCUACGUGAGCGAUGCAGGAAAUCAUCGAAUAAUGAAAUGGCCAAAAGGAGCCAUGCAGGGUACUAUCAUUGUCGACAGUACGAGCCGACCGUAUUCAAUUAGUUUUCCCUAUGGAUUAGCAUUCGAUCCGCACGGUAAUCUUUAUAUUGCCGAACACGGUCAUCAUCGAGUGCAAAAGUUUCCUAUUCAACAGCCCACAAAUUAA